AUGAGCCUCAGCCAUGGUCAGCAAGGUGCUCCAGAACCAUCGUCAAAACGGCGGCGUAUAAGAAAGGCAUGCAUUCCUUGUCGUCAACGAAAACGCAAAUGUGAUGGCAGCUCACCUUGUGGAAUGUGCACCGCCUAUGGCUACUCUUGCGAGUACGCCCAUGACGACAGUCCUCUGGCUCCAUUCGCCUCGCAGCCCCCUGGGAAUUCAUCAAAGAGUCCCAAUUUGAACCCCCCAAGCAACAAAAGCCCCGAAGCUGUGAACUCGACCACUUCGCGACAAGAGAGGACUCCUCCUGCAUUUGAAGGUGGCAUGCUGGAUGAGCGACAACCGCGUUAUGUGAAUGUCUCCUCAGCGAUUGCAUUCCCUCACAUUCUUGGGCUGCACUUGGAGUCAGAGAAACCUCCAACUCUGCAUUCAUUUGGCUACAACUUUGGCAUUCGACCUGAAGAAAAGUCCAUCCCGCAUGGGGACCUGGCAGAACUGAUAUCUGAAGCAGAGUUGGUGGCGUUUUCUGACACCUUCUUUACAGUCUUUGGCGUCAUCUUCGAUCUCCUAGACCAGAGCACAUUCCUCCAGCAGUGCCGGCUCUAUUACCAAGGCCAACUCCGCGAUGGUGUCUUCGCCGCCGUGGCAGCUGGUGUUGCAGCAAUUGGGUCCUUUCUCUCUUUCAACCAUGGCCAUGAUCGCGAGGUUGACAUCGUUCACUUUGCUAAGACGGUUCUUGAGGACCCAGCAGCAACACGCAGAGCCUCUGUGCAACUGGUUGUCGGUUGGUCUCUGCGCGCGGCAUACCUACGAUUCACGACCAGACCCAACAACUCUUGGAUAGCUUCAUGCACGGCAAUGCAUCUGGCAGAAGCCGUAGGUCUACAUGAAGAAGAGAAUAUUUCCAAGAUUGCGAAUAUGGCAGGUGCUUCGGCGUCAGGCUUCGACCCGGAUAGACUUAGACGCAUCUUUUGGUGUUCCUGGUCUUUUCACAUUAUUACUUGCUACGAGUAUGGCCGCUCUGCUGUUAGUUUCCCCAGAGUAUCGUGCAGUAGUAUCAACCCCAUUCCUGGAUCAUUUGCCUACCAGCACGUACGAAUGGCCGAGAUCUUGCCAUCACCAAACUCGACAUUUUGUCUGGCAGAUAAGCCUCAAGACUUGGGACAAGAAAUGCUAGAGCGCAUGAAAGCUCUGAAUGAAGCUCCCUUGGGUCACCCGUUCUUGAGUUUAACCAAGGCAGACCUGACGUUCUACCUAUAUCGACGCAUGCGUCAACUAAAAAGCCCCGUCACGGAUGAAGUCAUUCAACUCAUCACUAUGGCAGGGAAUAAUGCUGUCGAGGCAGCAUGCCAACAGGUCCAAAAAGGACAUCUCUUCUUCAACGCUCUGGGGAGCGUGUUUCAGUAUGCAUGUGUUCUCCUGGCCCUCGAUAACCCCCUGGCAUCUUCUAAUCUGGAUGGCGCAUUCGAGGGCCUUGAGACCAUAGUCAGUAUUGUGGACACAAGAUUGACACGGGAAGCUCUAAAUACGGCACGACACCUUUUGAAAGCCAGCAUUCAGAAGAAAAAGCAGCAAGCUUCGACUCUAGAGGCCGUCGAGGCCAGGUUCACAGACACAGAGAUGCCACCUGGGUUAUUAGACAUGACCCUGGACUGGGACCAGAUCUUGAACGAACCGUACAUGUCUUUUUUCGAUCCACCGGAGGUAUGA